AUGUCCGACAACGUCGGCCUCUCCACGCCGCGCGGCAGUGGCACCUCCGGCUACGUGCAGCGCAACCGCGCCUUCAUCCGCCCGCGCGACAACGCCUAUGGAGGGCCACACGGCAACAACCCCCGCGACCUGUUGGCCAGCCAGCAGGCCAGCCGCCUCCGCCAACCCGACCAGGGCAUCCUGGAGCACGACCGCAAGCGCGCCAUCGAGGUCCGCGUGUUUGCCUUGCGUGACGAGCUCGAGGAGGAGGGCAAGCUCGACGAGGAUGCCAUUGACGAGCGCUGCGACGCCCUGCGGAAGAAGCUGACGGACGAGGCGGAGCGGGGCGGCAAUGGAGGCCGCAACGACCACAGCAACAACAACAAUAACAACGGCGGCGGGCCCCAGCGGUUCAAGGCCCACCAGGUCCACGAGCAGGCACGUGCCAAGAUUGUCGAGAGCGAACGUCUGCGCCGGGCCCUGCGCAUCAACAAAGACUACCAGGAGGGCGCUCACUGGCGGAGAAAGGAGGAGAAGGAGCAGCAGCAGCAGCAGCAGCAGCAGGCCCAGAAGCGCAAGGUGGACGACGGCAUUGCGGCGGGUGGUGCUGCCGCGCACGACAAGAGACGGCGGUACAGCGACGACAGCCGCGACGGCUACGAGAGCUACGACGAUGGCGAGGUGGGCGCAGGACGGUCGGGCCGCCGGGCGUCGCCACCUCUCAAAAGCGUCGAGGACGAUGGCAGCGACGGCCAGCAGAGACGACGCAAGGACAGCGGCCGGGGCGGCCGGGACCAAGACAGAAAGCCGGAAGGCCGGCGGCGGGACGACUACGGUGACAUGAGCGAGGGCGAAGUGUCGGACGACAGCAGAAGCCGAGGGAAGGGGCCAGCACGGGGUCGGGCGCUGCGCGACAGCCGAUCGCCACGCAGCGCGAGUCGCAGUCCUAGUCGCAGUCUCAGCCGGAGCCGAAGCCGGAGUCGUGGCCGCAGCCAGAGUUACAGCAGCCGCAGCCCAAGCCGAAGCCGAAGCCGCAGUCCUGUCCGCCGUCGGAGUCGCAGCGACAGCCGUGACUGA